AUGUCAUCAGCGCCCGCUCGUGCUUCUAAAGCUUGUGAAGCAUGUGCAGAGCAUCACCUGAAAUGCGAAGACGACAAGCCCUGCCGAAGAUGUAAACAAAAGAACAUCGCAUGCAUAACAGCUCCCAGGGUGCCCAACGGAGAUUGCGUGACAUUGAGCUUGCAGCCCCCACAGCCGGGGGCCACAGAAGCCGAGCCAAGCGUUCGAAGUCACCGGGCCAGUCUAGGUCCAAAUGAAGAGCCCGCAACACAGAGAACUGGAGCAAACACUCCCAAUAGGUUCUUUGGGUUCGGUUUUGAGACGGAUCUCGAUUUCAGUGCGCUCGAUCUCAGCUUCCUUGAUACAUACAACACUCAAGUCCCAUUUGAAUUUGAAAGUCAAAUCGGACACAUUACAGAACGACAUGUAAGUCCAACCGAAGACUAUGAGAUGCAGGGAAAUGUAAGGAGAGAAUGCAGGCUCUCUGGUGACGUCCCGCAACAGUCUAUUUGGCGCUUUGUUCCCGUUCCAACGGACGGAGGUUUUGCAGAGCAUGGGAAUCUCUCACUGCCCCAUCAUAAUGGCAUUAUACAGAGUCCCGAGAGUUUUGGUGAUUUCAAGCAACGAGCAACAAAAGAAAAGCUUGACCCAGCCUCACGUGACAAGAUUCUUGCCAUCAUUUUGAGCCAAAUGCGAAUGCGCGCAUAUCCCACUUUAUCGGCAUUUCCUUCGACAGAGCUCCUUGAUCAUCUCAUCCAAUUCUUUCUUGCUGGCCCCGUCCCGAAAGCAAGUUCGUGGAUUCAUUGCGCUAGCUUCCAGCCCCGGUUGGCAAAGCCUGAGUUAUUAUUAGCGAUGGCCGCUUAUGGUGCAGUCCUGACUCCUGAUCGGUCGCUCCGGAAACUUGGCUUUGCCUUGCAGAAAGUUGUCCGUAACCACCUCCCGUCGGUAUUCGAAGACAACAAUACCACUAUUUGCGAUCUUCAACUACACCAGGCAUACUUACUGCAACUUGAGAUUGGACUUUGGAGUGGAAAUAGCCGCAAAAUGGAAAUCUCGGAAAGCUUUCAGCAGCCUUUACUCACGAUGGUUCGUCGUCGAGGCUAUUUCAAGCGGUCGGGUCAUUUGACCAUGAAAGUACACCCUGAUGACAAGGGAAUGGCGUUGGAUAAGAAGUGGAAGGAUUGGAUUGUCCGAGAGUCCACAAAACGACUGGCGUACCAUCUGAUCCACCACGACGCACAAUCCUCUAUAUCGUUUCUUGUGAGUCCAUUGGUGUCCUAUUCCGAGCUUGACCUGCCGUUGCCCGAAUCCCUAGACCUUUGGCUGGCUGCUUCAGCAGGCGAGUGGAAGCGGUUGUACCUUGAGAAAUACAGCAAUAACACCAUACGGAUUCCAUCGCUAAAUGCCUGCAUCGCGGAUUUGGAUCUUCUCGAGUAUAACAAACCUUACAUUGACACGAGUCUUUCCUGCUCUGCUAUACUACACGCAUUAUGGGGCUUAGUUUGGGAAUAUCGAAAAGUAAGCCUACUCUUCUGUGGACAGCCGCGUAUCUGGGACAGUGGGAUGGCAAUUCUAUGUCGGUAUCAAGAGCUCACCAAGAUUUUCGACUACUACCGUAUCACUUUCGAUGUCGAGAGCCUGUUGCUCCUUGAAUUACUGUCGAUGCACCUCCACAUGUCUCUGGAAGAGAUACAGCUUUUUGCCGGUCUUGGGGGUAUUGAACAAGAGCGUCGAGUGCAACAAUCGAUAAAAGAAUGGGUGAAAAGCAAGAGGUCUCGACAAGCGGUAUGGCAUGCUGGCCAGGUCUACCGCACUAUCAAAUCACUGCCUCCGCAGCAUCUUCGAGAUUUCCACGCAGUAUCUCUAUUCCACGCGAGUUUCGCGUUUUGGGCUUACGGAUUAGCAUCCCGGAUGUUUUGUCAGGACGCUGAUAAUCACAACUCGCUGUUUAGUGAAUCGUUAUCACAUUCACAAAAUCAGAAUAUCUGGCUGGAUAGUGAAGAAACAACAGAAACAUACAGGUACAUUUCGUUGGGGAUGGGCAUUCCAAUUCUUCAAGGAGUUUCGCAGGAUACACCACCGGCGCAAUUAACCGAUCCAGCGGCCAUCAUGAGUGUUAUCAUCCAAAACUUAAGGCAAGGUGAUAGCGAGCCCUUACGACCGAAUUCUCCGUUAGUAGAGAACCUGAUAUCGAUCAUGCAGCGCUUAAGAGAUACCACAAUGGGAGGUUACAACACCGCUCACGGUUAG